GUGAGCGCGCGGACGGAAGGAGGAAACAUGGCGGCGCUUAGUCAGUCACUGACCCAGUUAUCAAGUGGAAAUCCAGCAUAUGAGAACUUAUACAGACAGGUUGACCCAGGAAACACAGGGAAAGUUGGUGCUGCUGAAGCAGCUCAGUUUUUGAAGCAAUCAGGACUUUCGGACAGCACUCUACGCAUGAUUUGGGAUUUGUCAGACCCAGAAGGAAAAGGCUACCUUGACAAGCGGGGGUUCUUUGUUGCCCUGAGACUGGUGGCUUCAGCACAGAGUGGAGAUGAUGUCAGCCAGAAGAGUCUGAACCAGACCAGCACAAUUCCCACCCCUACGUUUAGAGACACAGCAAGUCCAAACCCGAUAUCAUCAUCUAGUGACUCCACAUGGGCAAUAAAAUUUGAUGACAAAGCUAAGUAUGAUGGGAUAUUUGAGAGUCUCUCGCCGGUCAAUGGUCUUCUAUCAGGAGAUAAAGUGAAACCAGUUCUCAUCAAUUCCAACCUUCCCCUAGAUGUGCUUGGCAAGAUUUGGGAUCUUAGUGACAUUGAUAAAGAUGGCCAUUUGGAUAAAGAAGAGUUUGCAGUGGCUAUGCAUCUGGUAUAUCGAGCCAGAGAGAAAGAACCAGUCCCUUCCACCCUCCAGCCUGCUCUCAUUCCACCAUCUAAACGGAAGAAGAUUGCUGGAGCUUUGCCCGGUUCUGUGCCUGUGCUUCCCUCCAGUCCUUUUCUUCUAAAGGAGAACCUGCGGCCCACUGCGGCUCUCAGCAAGAGUCCUCUGACGGUUACCUCCGGACUCUCACCGUCAAACUCAUUCAGAAGCUUAAGCCCGAGUCCUAACCCCAGCCCUGCACCAACAGUGCCUGUUUCAGUGAACUGGGUGGUACCCCAGGAAGACAGGGAGCAGUAUGAGGAAAUCUUUGAGCUGGCUGACUCUGAUUUUGAUGGCAUGGUGGGAGGAGGUGAAGUGAAGGACAUCUUUAUAAACUCAGGACUGCCCCAGAGUGUACUGGCCCACAUCUGGUCACUGGCAGACACCAAAUCUGUAGGCAAACUCACCAUGGAGCAGUUCUCUCUGGCUAUGUACUUGAUUCAUCAGAAGGUUAAAGGAGUUGAUCCGCCUCAGACUCUGACCCCUGACAUGAUUCCUCCCUCUGAGAGGGGCUCAGCUGCUACAACCACGAUUUCAUCUGAAAUCCCAUCAUCCGUAGGCUUUGAUUUGGCUGGACUAUCGAGCAUACCAAGAGAGGUGGUGCAAGUGGAGCUGACUGGAAACAAAGAGCUGGAUGAUGUAAACCAGGAGCUCGCUCAACUACAGAGUGACAAGCGCUGCACAGAGCAGGAGAUCAGGCAAAGGGAGGACAUCAUACGCCUGAGGAACAACGAGGUUCACGCGAUGCAGCUGGAACUGGAACAAGAGAACAGCAGCCUGCAGGAUUUGGAGAGGCAGAAACAGGAUGCUCAGACCCGACUGCAGGAGAUGGAGCAGCAAAAGAACAAGCUGCAGGCCAAUGUGAACGAGGCCAAGAACAAAUUCCAGGAGGAAAGCAACCGGAUCUCCUCUCUGCAGGUGCAGAUCUCUUCUCAGGAGGUGACCCUGCAGACUCAGGAAAAAGAGGUGAACAGGACGAGGAUGGACCUGUACUGUCUGGAACAGGAGGAGAGCAAGCUGGAGGAAAACCUGUGUGCAGGAAAAGCCAAACUAGAAAGCAUCCUCAAACUGCUCCAGACUUCCCAGAAUGAGAUGGAGGAGACCCGGGACGAGAUCUCACAGAUUCAGGAGAGUCAGAAGGAGAUGAACAAAACUAUUGAGCGACUAAACAAAGCUCUCAACGGCAGCAUGAGCAAUCUGGAUGAGAUCGACCAGAUUCUGGCUGAGGAAGGUUCAGCGUUUAGCCCCACCGUGGAGGACUCUUUCAAGUCCAGAUUGGCCAUGUUUAAUCGCAAUGCCACACAGAACUACAGCGUGGAUCCCUUUAAGACAGAGGACCCCUUCAAAAAUGAUCCCUUCAGUAAAGCUGACCCCUUUGGAGGAGAUUCCUUCAAACAAAGUGACCUGUUCAGAGACCCCUUCAGCAGCUCAGAUCCAUUCAGUAAAAGCCCUGCUGCUUCAAUAGCGACCAGUCCUUUUGGAAGGCAGGGGAAUCUUCCAUCGGUCACUUCCGCCAAGUUUAAAGACUCAGAUCCCUUUGCCUCAACGGACCCUUUUGGUAGCAAGUCUUUUGGCGGGAACGGUGGGUUUGCAGACUUUGGAAACAUGUCAAAGGGUUCCAGUGGGCAGGCGGUAGUUCGCAAGCCCACCUAUCCACUACCUCCCCCUAAAAAACCUAUACCAGCCAGACCAGCACCGCCUCCUUAUGGCCCAAGUGCAGCAGGAAGUCGUACAGGAGUUGCUUCUAAUAAACAAGCACUCGGUGUAUCACAAGUUUCAAAGCCAUGCAAGGACUCUUGCUCUUUGCCUCAGUCCAAUAGACCGACUGUAAGAGAAUCCCCAGAAUUGACAGAUCUCAGAGCUUUCGGAAGUGAACUGGAACAGCUGGAGUGGGCCAAGCGAGAGAGUAAGAAGGAGGAGGAGGAGCGCAGUAGGAGGCUCCGUCUACAGGAGCAGGAAGAUCUGGAACUGGCACUCGCUCUCAGCAGAGCCGAAAUGUCCCGAACGUGAGGCCAGUUCACAUAUUAUUCUCCAGAACCCAACCCUGCAACACAUCCAUCUAAAUACCACUUCCUUUGAGGGUUCAGCAACAGAACGUUCUCAGUGUGAUCCAUUCCCCUGAGCUUUGAGGCGCACAUAGCUCGGUUUAUGCUGCUGCUAAAAUGAUUACUCAGUCCUAAUCUGCUUUUUGUGUUCAACCAAUCAUUCCUAGUUGCCUUCCAGGGUCUAUUUUAAAUGCACUGCCAUGUGCCUUAGGUCAAAACUAUACUACAGUACUUUAUAGAAUCACACGUUCUCGUGGCCUUAUAUAUACACCAAAUCAGGCCAGCCAUGAUCUUUAACAAGGCAAAGUCUGGGGAAAGUGUUAGCAAAGAUUUUACUAUAACCUGCAGUAAAAAUGAAGCCCGCAGGCACGUCAGUUUAACCAGUUUGGCAUAUAGCACAAAAACAAAAUUCUGAUUUUAAAUGGUAACCACAUAAUAACUCUUGUUUUAUCCUGCUGUA